AUGAACUCGUGGAGCCAGCUCUCGGGUCCAUCGUCUGCUCCGCUGUCGGCUCCUGCCUGGACUGCAAACCAAGACGAUCCCUUUUCACACUGGUCUACCCAAUCCUCCAUAUCUUCUCAACCCGCCCAUACCUCUCAGUCGUCCUGGUCGCAUGCUCCUCCGCAGUCCUUGGCUCCCUCACGUCCUACCGUUACUCGCUCAUCCAGCUCCAACAACGUCCCAUAUGCUACUCCCACCGCCACCAAAAAGCCUUCCGCACCACCCAGUGUGGAUCCGACCCAUCUCCGUUCGUCGCCUGUGAGAAGCCAAUUCCCCAGCAUUCCUGAGGCACGUCCUGUGUCGCCCGCCAAGCCAUGUCUGGCCCCUGCCUUCCCCUCAACCUCGGCCUCACCAGUGAAGAAUGGUGCUCUGCAGCGCAGCAACACGGUCGGAAACUUCUUGAAACCGAGUCCAACUAUCGUGUCGCAAACUCCCGAUGCUGCAACCUCACUUGGUCGAAGCAACUCUGUCUGCAAUCUCCCACGCCGGUCCUCUCCCCUGAAGCGAAUAGCACGUGGCCCGUUGUCCUCGAUUGCCGAGACUUCACGACCUCAGGUCCGCACAUCUGUUGUUCUUACAAUCGACGCCAAUGGAACUGCGAGGACAGAAACUAGAGUGAUCGAAGAGAGCCCCUCCCAAACCAAGAAGGACUCGCAGUCGAUCAAGGAAAAGUAUCCUAAUCUUUGGGACGACUCGGAUAGCGAGUCAGACUCGACGUGUGGCACCGAAUGGCCGAGCCGCCACGAUUCGCUUGCCCACGCCAAUGCUGGUCAAGAGCGAUCGGCUAAAAUGGCAAGGCUUGAUACGUCGUCAGACAACCUUGAGAUGGCACAGCUGCCGCGCUCAAAUUCAACGGCAUCGCUGAAAACUCCGUGUAAAACUGCUUAUGCAGCCGCAAUACAACUGAGACGGCAGGGUAGUGCCAAGAAGCAACAACGACCGUCAAGUGUGCAAAGCAGACGCAACACGCUGUCUUCGCUAAACAGCUCUUUCGAGAACUUGGCUGCCAUGGACCUGAACAAAGAUGAGAUGCAUGUCAAGGCAGAUGCUGGUGCUGCUCUUCGCCAGGCCGCUGCUCAUCGCGUUUCUCCAGGGAUUCCGGUUUCGUCCAACCACCGUCAAUCUGACAAUACCACAGUCCAGCUUGUCCGCUCCGGUCGCUCGGACACUGCUCCCUCGAGUAUCUCACGACCUCGACAGUUGUCGCAGCCUCAACGCCCUCAUCAAUUACACCAAGUACAACAACCGCACCAAGUGCAGCAGAUACAGCCGCCUCAAGCACCUCAACAGAUUCAACAACCCCAACCGCAAAGACCACAGCAUAUACAACAAGUCCAACAGAUGCAGCAGCUGCCUCUGAACACUCAGGUUCACCCACAUACCCAUGCAAAAUCGCACAGUGUCAGUUACCCAACGGCCACACCAACAGCACCAGUCUUCGAUCCGCGCGGCUCCUUCACAAUGGAAUACACGCCCGUGGCUUUCACUUCGGCACCUCCUCCACAAUCAUUCACGAACGAUAUGAGCUCCAUGACACGAUGCAUUUGCCAAAUUCCAUUCGACGACGGUAGGAUGAUCCAAUGCAACAUCUGUGCUAUGUACUCCCACUCUGGUUGUGUUGGCCUUGAUUCCUCCCAACAUGCAUAUAUUUGCUCUUUCUGCGUCAGCAACAACCCCAUCUCCUACGGACAUCCGGUACGGUCAACUUCAAUGCAGAAUUUUAAUGCAUGGACUGUUCCCGGGCUCUGA